AUGAAAAGGGCUAGAGAGAAGCAGAAAGUGAAAGAGACUCAGAUAAACUCAAACAAACGAUCUCAAGAAGAGCUGGACCACCCUGAGGCUCAUGAUGCACCCAAGAUGCACCUUGCCCUCCAACAGGACCCAUACAAAGGCUAUGUCUGCUCUGAAGCCCCAGAUGUGGCAGAUGACUCGGGUAGUGAUGAGAAGAAUGGAGAGGGGGUUAAGGUGUAUGAAACAGCAUGGGAGCUAUUUAGGUUGAUGCAGGACAGGUUUAGAUGUGCCAUCAGGGGGCUAGGGUUCACGGAAAUGAAGGCAAAAUAUGCAGUAAUAACGCUUGGAACACCCUACUAA